AUGAACUUUUACGGCGAGCAGUUCGAAACGCUGAGACUGAGCAGCGGCCUCUUCUUUGGCGUGAGCUUGCUAAAGCUGUCCCAGGACGAUCCAAUAAAGAUUGUCGCCGCAGAUGAAGAAGAAGACGAGAGGCUGAUCGCCUCGGUCCAAGAAUGGGGCACAAAUUGGACGAAGGUUGCGCGUGAAGUCGGUUCACGAAGUGCAGACCAAUGCUCGAGUCAUUGGAGCCACGUGUUGGACCCAAACAUCAACUACUGUGACUGGACGGAGGAAGAGGACGCAGAUUUGCUGCACGAGGUCCUCACAUAUGGGACAAAAUGGGCACAGAUAGCAAGCUGCCAUAAUCCAGCGAGGACUACCCUUGCGCUUAAGAAUCGGUACUCAACCUUGCGGUUGAAAAACGAAAAUAGAAGCAGAACACGGCAAGACAUGCCCGAAAGUUCCCAAGGAAGUAGGCAAUUUCAACGCACGAACUCACGAGGUUCGGAAAAGAAAAAAGCCUCGAAUUGGAGUGAGCGAAGCGAGGUGGUGAAUUCUGAUGACGAGGAAGACGAGGAGGAGGAGGACGAGCCGGAAGAAGAAACUGAUCAAGUAAUACAUGCAUGGCUCGAUGACGCCAGCAACGAUUCCAGCAACAAUGCCAGCAGCAGGAACACUCAACGUGCUGGAACAGGGAGCGCAGAAAACGCGCGGUUAGGAACGAUCAAUGUUUCAAUGCCAGAUGACGCGCUCGCUUCCUGGGAUGAGUGGGCCAAAACCAGCCUUCCAACCCCCAAUGCCACCCACGACAGUCUCCCCACUUUGUCGCCCAUCGAAGGCGAGAGCAUGGGCGUGGACGAAUACUUGCAAUUGGAUCCGGCUCUGCUUCUCAGUGGAUCCGCCCAACAGUCUUUCAAUAUCCCUGGCAGUUGCUUCUUUGAGAGCGACGAACCAUGUACAGCGACUCAGAAUACAUCCUACGCAUUAUACGAUACAACUGGCUGCUUCCAACCGACACCCGUCACCAAUUCACCCGGGAGUCUGGCCCAAACGCCAGCAGGCAAGGACCCCAUGACUGGCGUGGUCAUGGAGCAAGAGGCGAACUCUUAUGAGAAGGCGUCAUCAACAACACCACUCCCGUCUCCAGGACCUUCAAUAGGAGCGAUCGUUGCGGCCUCCAAAUCCAAGGACUGGACAACAGGGAACAACGCCCCAGGAAAUAGCCCCUCGUCUUCUCCUUCACUUGUUACACAACUUGCAACAUCUUCAGCAACAUCCACUUCGAAGCUGCGGGUUUCGAUUACUUUGACGUGCGACCAAGCUCAGCUGGUGUCGGUCAUGACGCAGUUGACUGACUAUGGGACUGGUGUUUCCAUCAACGUUGAGAAGGACUGUUGA